AUAGAUUCGUUCUCGAUACAAGAAUAGAUUCUGAUUCAUCGCCAGAUCCAAAAAUGGUGCUGUCGCAAAAGCUUCAUGAAGCAUUUAAAGGGACAGUGGAGAGAAUGACAGGUCCUCGUACGAUCUCGGCGUUCAAGGAGAAGGGAGCUAGGGUGUCUAUAGCUGCUCGAUGUUCAAGCCAAUUGAAAGACAGAUAUCUUCUCUUUAUGUUUCUAAGCUUGACACCAUGGCUUUUCCUGUUAACUAGGGAAUCUGGUGAUCCAUACUUGCCCUCAGACAAACAGUUUUUGAUUACUAGAAAUGUACCUUGUCUACGGAGAGCUGCAUCUGUGGCUGAGGAAUAUGAAGCUGCUGGAGGUGAAGUAUUGGUUGAUGAUGAAGAUAAUCAUGGUUGGCUAGCGACACAUGGGAAACCGAAAGAUAAAGGAAACGAAGAUGAAAACUUGCCAUCAAUGGAUGUCUUGGAUAUAAACGAGAGAAACGCUAUCCAAUCAAUACCCACGUAUUUUGGAGGUGAGGAAGAUGAUGAUAUUCCAGACAUGGAAGAGUUUGACGAGGCUGACAAUGUGGUAGAAAAUGAUCCCUCAAGGAUGUUGCUGCAACCUGAACUUGUCAUGGAAGAUGUUAGCCAAGACCAUUCUCGUAAAACGUAUUUCGUUGCAAGUUUUGUUUGUAAGUGGAAGGUUCUGAAAUGGGAAGAUGUAGAAGUAGGGGAACCAAAGGAAGGUGUUUACAAGCCGGCUUCUAUGCCCUUCACACCAGGUAUGGAGGCGGUUGGAGAAGUGGUAGUUGUUGGGUCAGGAUUGACUGGGAGAAAGAUCGGUGAUCUCGUCGCUUACGCUAGAAAUCCAAUGGGUGCUUAUGCAGAGGAACAAAUCCUUCCAGCUGAUAAAGUGGUUUAUGUUCCUUCAUCUAUCGAUCCUAUCGUUGCUGCAUCAGUCAUGCUCAAGGGUAUGACCGCACAGUUUCUCCUUCGCCGCUGCUUCAAGGUCGAACGUGGGCACACGAUUCUGGUUCAUGAUGCAGCUGGUGGAGUUGGGUCUCUGUUGUGUCAAUGGGCAAAUGCGCUUGGAGCCACCGUCAUUGGAACUGUCUCAACCAAUGAGAAAGCAGCUCAAGCUAAAGAAGAUGGAUGCCACCAUGUGAUUAUGUACAAGGACGAGGACUUUGUUUCUCGGGUCAACGAUCUCACAUCGGGCAAAGGAGUCAAUGUUGUUUAUGACUCAGUGGGAAAGGAUACCUUUAAGGUAAUGUCUGGACUCGGGAGUCAAUUGUUGUCUAUAUCGGUUUUAAGCUUUGGACAAUCCUCUGGAACUCCAGAUCCGGCUCCAUUGUCUGAUCUUGCUCCAAAAUCGCUCUUCUUGACAAGACCUUCUAUGAUGCAAUACAAUGAAACUAGGGACGAGCUGUUGGAAUGUGCGGGAGAGGUUUUCGCCAAUGUUGAUGCCGGCAUCUUAAAGGCUCGUGUGAGUCACAAGUACCCUUUGUCUCGGAUCGCUGAUGCUCACGCAGAUCUCGAGAAUAGGAUCACUUCUGGCUCCGUUGUGCUCUUGCCGUGAUAACAUUUAGUGUUGUUAGUAUCUUCCAAUAAAGGCAAUGAGAAAUA